AUGGUCGCUUUUCGUUCACAAGACGUUAUAGAUCCAUGUGUUAUAUGUGUUAACUCCGGAAAUGGGAUAUGCCUUAAUAAUAAAACGUGCGAUUGCUUUAAUGGAUUCAUUGGACCAACAUGUAGAGAUCAAGCAACAACAUCAAUUGCACAAUUGGAUGCGUCACACAUCAAUAUUGCUGCCAUCGUAGCUGGCAUUUUUGGUGGAGCUUUAUUUGCUACUAUUAUUAGUAUAGUAUUAUUUUUUAUUUGGAGAAAAAGAAUGAAGAAAAAAGCAUGUUCAUAUUCACCAUCAACUUCAACAACACCAUCAACAUCAUUAUCAUCGAUACCUAUUGUAGCACCUGCUUUAUAUAAUAUAGCAUCAUUAUCGCGACGAAGUUCGUCGGUAACUUCUGCUCCAACACUGACUUAUCAUUUGUAUGAAGAAUUGUUAUGA